CCACUUCUUUUGGUCUUGUUUAUCUUCUCCAUUUCCCUAGCAAAGUUGCUACGUAGCCCGUUCAUUUUUUUCUUCACGUCAUCAACCGUGCAGUCACUCUUUUCCUUGCAGACAUCCUCAAGUACCUCUUGGUAGGCCAGUUCCUUCUUAACGCGAUUGUGGUACAGGGCAUCUUUGGUGUUGUAUAGGAUUGGGUGGGCCCUAUACGACUCUAUCAUGAUUUCCACUGCCCUCUGCGUCCAGCCCAUGUUGUCGUCUAUGAGAGGCAAACUGUGGAAUCUAGGCCUUGCAUUACAAACCCGUCAAAUUGCAUAACCACCGUCAUCAUGAAGGAGGAAUGGACCAUCAUUGAUUUCGAGCAUAUUUCGGUUCUUAAAAUGACUUGUCAGACGAUACCACUUUUCUUCAAAGUUUCACCACAAUUACUGCAAGAUAAUGCUUUUGAAAAAGACCUGUACGAGAUUGGCCGAAUCUGCCUCGAUGACGUAGCGACGAGACAAGACGUCAACGUGGAGAAUGGAGACAGAAUUAUCGUCAUGAUCAGUAAAAACACCAGUCACUUGACGAUGCGGGUGUACGCAGCCCAAGGAACCGUCACAAUUGACGUCAAUUACAUGUGUGUCGGAGAAACAAAGGAUAAUUUUGAAGCCCUGGUGAAAGUCAAAGAGCAAUAUGCAUUGGAAGGAAAAGGGGACACUUGGCAAGAGUUUAUAUUAAAUCGACUGGAAGAUCGUGUACGAGAGUACCUGGGGGACAGGUGCCUUAAAAUGGAAACUCUCAAAGUACCGAUCCGUCGGGGUGAUGCCCUGUGGACAUACAGCCGUACCACGGCAGAGCGUGUCAUCGAGAUGGAGUACGACGAACUCGUCUUCAGUUCCUUCUCCAAAAUGCAGAAAAUACAGAUAUACCAGUGUCCAUUGAAUGGGAACGUAUUGUACCUUGAUGGUGAAAUAAUGCAGUCUGAAAGAGACAACGAGUUCAACGAGCUCAAUUUCGGCAUAGGAAAGCACAAGAGAAAUGACUACAAAGGGAAAGAUGUGCUGCUCCUUGGCGGAGGAAUCGGAGGUGGAAUACACUCUGUGAUGCAAGAGGAGCCUAACAUGGUGGUCAUGUGCGAGAUUGACGAGGAAGUGAUUGCCGCAAGUCGCAAGUACAUGAGGAAAGCGUGUGGAACAUCAUUAGACACAAUGGAGGGACCGCACCAUAAGAUCAUUGUCGGCGAUGGUCUCAAAGUUUUGAAGGACGCGGUGCGAGAUGGCGCCAAGUAUGACUUCGUUGCGGAUGAUAUGUCCAUGUUUUUGGUAGACCCGGACACAAAAGAGAGAAACAUUGAUGUUAAAUGGAGGAACGAAACAGUAUUGAGCCUGUCGAAACAAGUCCUCAAGCCCGAUGGCAUAUAUCUGCAGGCGCUUGACCCCAAACCGACCUCUGUCCACACAGAUUUUAAAAGUGCCGUCAAGGCGGUGGGUGGCGUGUAUACAGUGCGAGAGUGUAUGUGUAUACCAUCAUUCCUUGAAAACUACUUCUUCUACGAGGUGACUUUCCCCGAGGCCAACGACGGGUCUGAAGCACGAUGAACCACUGUAUGACGAUUUUCCCAGAGGCCGACGACGGACGCACCACAGGCAAAAUGAACUGUAGUGUUAAUUAGGGUAGAUCAUUUAUACCCCGGCAAUAUAGUUUUUGACAUAUUUCUGUGUCCGUUUCAGGCAAUCUUUGCUAAGCGUUUAUUUUAUGAAAUGCUGACAUGUGUACCGUCGAGAAUAAAAGUAUAAAAUGCAUGAAUUUAAAUACUCAAUUUAUUGUCCGUGGCAGUGUUAGCUAAUUUUGUACUUGCGGUUUACCAUUGUUUGAC